GUUGACUGUCAGUUUCCGAGAGAUCUAUGUCCUAGUUUCAUUAGUAAAUAGUAUUUGAUCGAUAUGCCUUUGUUUAUAAUUUUGAAAUGAAAUUGAAUUAGUCAGAUCAUAGGUGAAACAUCCUAGACUGAUCAUUUCGAUGAAAUGAUUUUUUAAAAAUAUGGAUUUUUAAGUACGUUUCUUCAAAACAAUCGUUAUUUUCCCUUUCUUCAGUUUGUAAACAAAACCAUUAUCGUGAAUCGUGGGUACAUCCGUUCAUAGUUUAAACACAAUAUCAACUUCAAGAGUUCUGAAGAAUAAAAAUGGCUCGUGAAUCGGAACUACCUGGCAAAUAUGGACAACCCAUUCCUCAUGAUCCUGAUUUUAACGGCCCUCUGAAGUAUCGUUCUUGCACUGAUGUCGUGUUUUUGAUGCUCUUCAUUGUUUUUAUUGGAUGUUGGAUAGGAAUCGCUCUAUAUGCCUUUGGUAAUGGUAAUACUUCAGCUGUUUUGGCUCCAAAGGAUUCUAACGGCCUGAGAUGCGGAGUCGACGAUGUCGUGCAAAACAAGAAAUAUCUGUUCUUUUUCGAUAUCCUAAAAUGUGUAAAUCCAUCUGUUCCUUUCCUGGGAUGCCCCACACCACAGGUUUGUGUGGAGAACUGUCCUGAAAGGGAAGGAAUACGAGUAUGCUUGAAUGAUAAAACUUGCAAGGAAUCUAAGUAUCCAACAACAAAUGUUCAGGGAAGGUGUAUUCCUGUACUGACCAAGAAUUGGAUACAUCAGCAUAGCGAAGAUGCAGAAAAGAUCGAAAAAGCGAUACAAAAUGUUAAACUUAUUGCAGAAACUGAGCAGUUUGGUGAAAAUGUAUUGAAGGAUGUGACUAUGUGUUGGUCAAAAAUUUUAUACUUUUUAUUGGGAGCUCUUUUCUGCACCCUCAUUUAUAUCAUGAUGCUCAGGUGGAUCGCUGGAACAAUGGUAUGGUGUUCUUUGAUCGGACUUAUUAUUGCGUUGGCCUUAGGUGUUUACGGAAGUUGGUUCAAAUACCAGAAGAUGCUAAGCGAAGAGAGAGAAAUAGGCGAUGAAAACUUGGUAGAAACAUUCCACGAUAUCAAGAAAUAUUUUUGGUUAACGGCUCUGAUUACCUGCAGUGUUUCAUUAACCAUCAUCGUUUUAGUUACCAUAUUCUUGAGAAAACGUAUAAAUCUCGCCAUAACUUUAAUCGAAGAAGGAAGCAAGGCCAUCACUUCCGUUACGUCGGUGCUGGUUUUUCCGGUUGUCCCUUGGAUACUGCAAAUCGUCGUCAUUUUGUUUGCCCUCUCUAUUGGUCUACUUUUAACAACAACUGGAGCACCAGUUUUUAUGACAAAAGGCAAUGCUACAGAUUGUCCUUUGGCUGCGAAUAAGGUCUGCGAUCCAAAAACUUUCCAGAGUUUGAAUUGUCCGGAAAUGGCUUGUAAAUUGAUAAAAAUGAAACACAACGAUUUUUACAAUUAUUUAGUUUGUAUGUUUGUUAGCAAACAAUUGAAAUUCGUUAUUUACCUGAGUGUUUGCUUUUUAGGGUUCAACAUCUUUGGAUUCUUCUGGGGGAGUUUCUUUGUUUCCGCCUUCAGUCAGAUGGUGCUUGCAACUGUGUUUGCCACUUGGUACUGGACUAAACCACGUCGUAAUUUGCCAUUUUUCGCUGUCACUUCAGCUGCCUCCACAGUACUCAGGUAUCACAUUGGCACUCUUGCAUUUGGUGCCUUGAUUAUCUCAAUAUGUAGGAUGAUCAGAUUGGUGUUGGAAUUCAUUGAUCGAAAAUUGAAAAAGUAUGACAAUGAAGUAACCAGAGCAAUACUAUGCAUAUUGAAAUGCUUUUUCUGGUGCUUGGAGAAGGUUCUGAAAUUCAUCAGUACCAAUGCUUACAUCAUGUGUGCUAUACACGGUAAAAACUUUUGCAGCAGCGCCAAACAUUCCUUUUCUUUGCUGUUCAGGAACAUGAUACGGUUUGUGAUUUUAGAUAAGGUUACCGAUUUCCUGUUCUUUGUCAGUACCCUGCUGAUCAGCAUCGGACUAGGUGUAGUGGCUUAUAUUUUCUUUGCGACAGACUUGACUCCUUCGGACAAUUCCAAUUUGAAUUACGUGGAAGUACCCAUUGUGCUGAUUGUAUUGUUCACUUAUUUCAUCUCGAAAAUAUUUUUCCACGUGUACAGCAUGGCCGUGGACACGUUAUUCUUAUGUUUCUUGGAGGACUGUGAGAGAAAUGAUGGAUCCCCAGAUAAACCGUACUACAUGUCCAAAGACCUGAUGAAGAUAUUCGGAAAGAAGAACAAAAAAGAGUAGUAUUGUGAUAACUGUGAUACAUUUUACCUUAUAUUGAAGUAUUACUUGUUUAGAGUAGUUUUUUUACUCGUAUUUGUGAUGCUCAAUCUGUAUAUUCUUUAUCUACAUUAAGCUUUUGAAGUACCUACAUAUUUCAAAUUGUUAGUAAAUAUUUCUGACUAA